CACCAUAACCUGCAAGAACGUUCUGGAUUGGCUGAGAAAGUGUUGUGACUCACUGCUCUGUGUGUCUCCCGGUGGCUUGGAAACGAUUUUAGUUAAGAGCUAGUUCUACGAGACAUUACGUUAGUGGUCAGGCGCUCUUUUUCUUUUCGGAACUAUGGCUGAUAAUCCUCCUCCUUCAAAAGAAGAAAGUAUGCAGAUGAUCAAGGGUCCUGUUGACAAUGAUAUCGAAGAACCAGAGCAAAUUGUUCUUCCCAACCAACCUAGACCUGCCCGAGACAUGAAAGGAUUACUUCGGUUUGCAAUGGAAGCCACCGCCAUGGAGGAUGCCCCAAGCGUAUCACAUUUUCAGCCUAUGGAUGACGAGAGACGCAAAUUUUUAGAGGACACAUUGAAGUCUAUGACGGUGGAUUUGAUUGAAGUUAUUAGUAAGUCCCUAACAACCCUAUCAGCUGUGAAAGAUCUGAAGCCAGAUGAUGAAGCAGACGAGUAUGAAGAAGCUCUUGAAACAAUAUCUGACAUUGUGGAUAACAUAGAUCUUGCCAAUGACUUCCAUAAAAUGGGAGGAUUUGAUGUUCUUAUGACUUGCUUGAAAUCUGCACACACCUCUCUGCAGUGGCGAACUGCAGAGCUAGUUGCUGAGCUCAACCAAAACAACCCUUACUGCCAGUCACACAGUCUCUCUUCUGGCCUUCUCCGUAUCUUACUAGAAAUGGUUGAUAAUGGAGUCAGUGAGACUGUUAGAGUUAAAGCCCUAUAUGCUGUGUCUUGUAUUGUGAGAGAUAACAAAGAAGGCUUGAAAAAGUUUCUGAGCGAAGAUGGGUUUUCUGUUUUGCUAAGAGCUAUGCAAAGUAAUGUCGAUAAGUUGAAAGUCAAGUCGGCAUUUCUACUUGGAGCACUUUGCAGUGAGCAUCCGGCUAUUAGAGAUGAUCUUCAGAAGAUGGGCUGGGUGCAUCAGUUAGUUGGCCUCAUCAGUGAAGAGCGCACCCCUUCCCAUGAACAUCUUCUUUCUGCACUCCUGGCUUUGGUCCAAGACCAUGAAGAAUGCAUAAAAGACUGUAGAGACCCUGCUCUUCAACUGCAGUCGUUAUUAACAUCCUAUGUUGAGUCGGUGAAAGGGAAAGAGGAAUGUCAGGAGGAGCUGGAUUAUUCUCGUCAAAUAUUGGCUGCAGUGUUUUCGGACAACAAUGCUGGUGGUGAAAGAUAGUACAAGUCGUGUUAUGCUUGUAAUUAUUAUUUUAAUCAUGUCUGUAUCAAGUAUGAAUCAUGUGUGUGUGUGUAAAUAUGCAAACUCUAGUGUAUGUUGCAAUUUGCUGCUUUUCUCCUCUUUCUUCCAAAUGUAUAAAUAACUUUACUUUUUUACUUCCAAUGUUAUUUACUUGUGUCUCUUCUACACAGAAAAUAAAACCUUAUUAAGACUA